ACCAGAUGUAUGGUCUUCCUGGUCAUCGUGGUCAUCGUGCAACAGCCUGUGCAAUCAAGGAGUGAGGCAGAGCCAUCGAAAAUGCUUGGGCCGUGACAUGUCAAAAUGCAAAGACAUAAAUGACAAUCUCCACAUAGAACCUUGCAAUGGCACCUGCUGUGAUGUCAAGGAGUGGGACGCGUGGCUCGCCUGGUCACCUUGCUCUGUCACCUGUGGAGGCGUCGGAGUCAGGAAGAGACAAAGGACUUGUGGAAGUCCUCCUGAGUGCUUUGAGUUGUGCAGCGGCCCGUCAGAAGAAACUGAGUCAUGCACAUCUAACAAUGCCUGUCCAGUCCAUGGUGGAUGGUCCAAUUGGUCUGCUUGGGGUCAGUGCUCAGGUACAUGCAUCGAUGAUCAGCUCUCUGAUGCCGUUGUGCCAUCAAGAGUUCGUCAGCGUACCUGCUCUAACCCAACCCCCUCCAAAGACACUGUACCAAAGGGUACUGACUGCACUGGAGAUUCCAACCAGAGGCAGUCCUGCAGCGAGCUUCCCAACUGUCCAAUGAAUGGAAACUGGGGAGAAUGGUCCCAGCCGGGGCCGUGUUCUGUCACCUGUGGGGAGGGACUGCAACUUUCCAUCAGGAAGUGUGACAAUCCCGCACCAAAAUACGGGGGUGAAUACUGUAAGGGGACAAGCAGUCGGAGCACAGUCUGUCAGAGUUCAUGUCCCGUUCAUGGGUUCUGGUCUGGGUGGUCCAAUUGGGGGGACUGUUCGUCAUCCUGUCACCUCGACAGCAAACUGGCAACCAGGACACGUCAGCGCUUCUGUUCCAACCCCAGCCCAUCUGUAAACCCGCCUGGUCAAAGUUGCCCGGAUCAAAACAGUCAAAGUGAAAUAUGCAAUGAUCUGCCCUUCUGUCCAGUGGACGGCAGUUGGGGCUCUUGGUCAUCCUUUUCUUCCUGUCCCGUCACCUGUGGAGUGGGACUUCAGGAGUCGGUCAGAAGAUGUGACAGCCCCACUCCUAAAUAUGGCGGUCGGCAGUGUACCGGAGAGAGACGUGUUACCAAAACUUGCUUAACUCAAGUCCACUGUCCAGUGCAUGGAGUGUGGUCAGAAUGGUCUGAUUGGAGCGCGUGUGUAUACCCUUUUGGUAACAAGAAAAUUAACUGCCAGAAAAUAGGUGGCAAACAGACUCGCAAUCGUGAAUGUAUCCGAGAUCAUGGCGGCUCGUUCUGCAAUGGAACCAAACUCUCCGAAACGCAGGUCUGUUAUGAUGUUGACAAAUGUCGCGUGACAGGAACCUGGGAGGGCUGGGAGCCUUGGCGUUACUGUCACCCUCAGUGUGGGGAAAACUCCUUCCGGUUACGAUUCAGGAAAUGCAAACCCGAUUACAGCGGCUACAGUGCUACCAUUGGUCGUCAGGGAGAUGAGGCCCAUUUCUCUGGAACACCAAAACCCACCUGUGGUUCAACGCCUGACGGAGGGCCCCCAUAUCUGCGCGAGAAGUGCCACAAACUUCCUCCCUGCUCCAAGACUUAAUAGUGCCUUGAUCAUUGUGUUUUUUAAACAGCCUUUUGACCCAGAAAAAGAUUUUUUUUUCAUUUGUGUUGUUUCUUAAAGGGGCCCUACCAUGAAAAUUCUAUUUUUUGAGGUUUUAAAUGCAUUUUACUGUUCAUUCCUCUCUAUAAAGAACCCCAAAGCGUCAUUUUGAUCCGUUCAUGUUUUUAAGAGUAAUCCUCUAAAAUCAUUGAAAACACACCCACCUUCUCCACGGAGCUGUGGCAGGAGAUAACCUUCCUGUACCAGGGACCGCUCUCAGACCCAUUUUUUUAAUGUAGUUUCGCUUCGUUUCCUAUCAGACUGAACUUCAGUUCGCUCUUUGAUUCCUCAGUCUGAAUACAAAAUGAACCGAGAGCCGAACAACUGAACCAAAACAGCCACCGUACCCGACAGUUGUGAUGUAAACACAGUAGAAAUCAGGUGAUCGGUGAGCCGUGGACAAAUGUAGAGCAUUAGAUUAUCAUGUUAGUCAAAAGGAAAUAAUUGGUCCAACUGUUUAAUUGAUAGAACGUAUAACUCUCUUUUCUCUGUCUGCUACGCGGCGUGCGCGGGCUGCUGCCAUGACAUCAUCUUAAAGCUCUAUUGUAGUUCCAACAGAAUUCUCUUAGAAACAAUGUCAUAAAACCACAAUGAAGAGACACAGAAACUCAUUCAAAUGUGGUCGGAUGAAUUCAUCCUCAAGAAAACAACUUUAAACCUGAUCCACAUUGAUUCUACCAACAAUCUACACGUCACAAACUCUUUUCAGCGUGUGUAGCUUAGCCGUAGCGUCUCCAGUAACCGUCAUGCAGGAUUCCUCCACGGUACCAAAGCUGCAGUAAAAGUGUUGAACCUGAACUUCAUACAGACGAUCAAAAUCCAUCAGAAAAUACAAAGUUUGAAUUAGUGAAAAAUCAUGGAAAGCAUUUGCAGACCGCAGCGAAUCCAUCUUUCUCUUCUGUUUUGACCCGCCCCCAUAGCUGCUGGCCAAUGACUGAAGAGAUCUUUUGUUUACAUCGUUCACUCUGAAACAGAAACAGGCACCCUCAUUGACAGUCUAUGGGCAGGCUCAAGGAAAUGGGCGGGACCGACAAUAAGCAAAUGGUGGAUCCCCAGAGAUCGAGUCAUUUUACUUCUGGGUAUUAAAACGGUUCACAAAAAUAACUCAUUUUUCAUAAAUAAUUUGGUUUUUUUUGUGUUCUGAAGGUAAUUUAUGAUCAUAUAUAUGGAUAUAGUUUACUCUGAAAGGCUGAAGAAAAUCAUGGUAGGGCCCCUUUAACCUUUUUUUCAGGCCAGAAUAUUUUUUUUCCCCACAUUUAAUAACAAGAAUGGGUCUGAUGUAUAGUGGUGGAAGGUGACAAAUGCAGUUAGUGAUGUUUUGUCCAAGCUUCAAUGGAUGAAUAAAGUUCUUGAUGUGUGAGCUUAAGUGUCUGAAUGACCACACGUACACAGUCAGUUACAACACCUCGACUACUUUUUUAUUUUUAUUUAUUACGGAUCCCCAUUAGUUUCAACCGAUCAGUUGCAACUACUCCUCUUGGAGUCCAGACAUUUCACAAACCUUUUACAUUCAUAGAUUUACAUGCAAGUAUUAACAUAUAAAUAUUCAAAAUAAGCAAUAACAAACUGUUUACAAAAAUGUAUUUGAUUCUUACCUCCACACUACAUACACACUACAUACAUAACCCAAUAAUGGCAUUGCUCAACAAUAUCAAUAAAUAUUUAUUUCAUUUUAAAUAAGUACGUUUUUAGUGAUUAUUUGAAAAUAACUUUGCUUUUUGACUGUGAAAUAGCUUCUGGUAAUGAGUUCCAGUAUGACAGGCCUCUGUACGGAACAGUCCUUUUGAUGUUGUUGGUUUUUGUUUUUGGUAAAGUGAAAUGACCAUCCUCUGCGUGUCUUGUAGAAUAGUUGUGUGUAUUGCGACUAAAUGUAAGUUUCCUAUAAAUGGUAAAUGGUGUUUUUGUUAUAAUAAUAAUUCUGAUAAAAAGCAAUAGUGAAUAAAUGACUCUAUCAUU